ACAUACAGCCAAGGGAUUGAAUUAGCCUGCCAAAAAGAAAGAGAGUUCGUGAAGCACUCUGUAGAAUGCACGUGGAACCUAGCAGAAGCCCAGCAAAAACUUGGUAGCUUAGCACUGCAUAACUCAGAAUCCCGUGAUCAGGAAUCUGCUCAAGCAAAGACUGAAGCUGCAGAGUUGAGAUGGAGAGAGGAAGAGUGGAGAAGAAAAGAAGAAGCACUAAACCAGAGGGAACGACAGAAUCUAUGGAACACAGAUCCUGUUAGUAAGGAGGUGUUUAAUAAGAGUUUUAUUAAUCAAAAAAGAAAAGAAAGAGAAGAUGAAGAUGUGUCUGAACCACUUAUGCAAAAACAUGAACAAAAGAUUAGACACUUUGGUAUGCUGAGCCGAUGGGAUGAUAGUCAAAGAUUUUUGUCUGAUCACCCAUAUCUUGUAUGUGAAGAAACAUCCAGAUAUCUCAUGUUGUGGUGUUUUCACCUAGAAGCUGAACAGAAAAGAGCUCUGAUGGAGCAAGUAGCACACCAAGCAGUUGUAAUGCAGUUUAUUAUAGAAAUUGCCAGAAGCUGCAAUGUGGAUCCAAGAGGCUGUUUUCGUCUCUUUUUCCAAAAAGCCAAAGAGUUCAGAGAAGGCUAUUUUGAGGCUUUUAAAAAUGAACUUGAGGCAUUCAAGACAAGAGUGAGAAUCUGGUCACAAUCACAUGGCUUUCAAACUAUGUUACUGCAUGAUCUCAGUGUCAAUCCUGGUCUCAUAGGAGAGCUGACAUCUUUUUCACAGGUAAGUCAAGCCUAA